AUGUUGAGUCGUUGCGGCCGCCAGGCCUUAUGCCUAAUUCCGCGUGCUGGAAGCUCCUCCCAAGCUAUCGUCACCUCCCAGCUCCGACCUACCUCAUGCCUCGUUAGAUCAACUGCUCAACGGCGAGGUGUCUCGUCUUCCACUCGUGACGGACAGCAGAGUCUCCUCUCCGCACAUCUCCAGGAAGAGGACCCCGCUAUCUACAAUAUUCUCCAAAAGGAGAAAAAACGUCAGAAGCAUUUUAUCAAUUUGAUCCCCUCGGAGAACUUCACUUCACAAGCAGUCCUCGAUGCCCUCGGCAGCGUGAUGCAGAAUAAAUACUCCGAGGGAUAUCCCGGCGCUAGAUACUAUGGAGGCAACGAAUUCAUCGACGAGUCGGAGCGACUCUGUCAGAAACGUGCUUUGGAGACCUUCCGGCUUAACCCCGAAGAAUGGGGGGUGAACGUGCAACCUCUCUCCGGCUCUCCCGCCAACCUGUACGCUAUUUCCGCUCUUCUUAACACCCAUGAGCGUCUGAUGGGGCUGGACCUCCCCCAUGGUGGCCAUCUUUCGCACGGCUAUCAGACCCCAACCAAGAAGAUAUCUUUCAUCUCCAAGUACUUUGAAACGUUCCCCUACCGUCUCGAUGAGUCGACCGGCCUAAUCGACUACGAUGCUCUCGAGAAGUCGGCCCUCUUAUAUCGUCCCAAGCUCAUCAUUGCCGGAACAUCGGCUUACAGCCGACUGAUCGACUACUCCCGCAUGCGUCAGAUCGCUGAUGCGGCCGGUGCUUACCUCCUGAGCGACAUGGCUCACAUCUCGGGCCUGGUCGCCGCGGGCGUGCUCCCAUCUCCGUUCGUGCACUCUGACGUGGUAACCACCACCACGCACAAGUCGCUUCGGGGUCCCCGCGGCGCUAUGAUCUUCUAUCGCAAGGGGGUCCGCCGGACGGACAAGAAAGGAAACCCUGAGAUGUACGAUUUGGAGAACGCGAUUAAUGCAUCCGUCUUCCCAGGUCACCAGGGCGGUCCCCACAACCAUACCAUCACCGCCCUCGCGGUCGCCUUGAAACAGGCGCAGACGACGGAGUUCAAAACCUACCAGGAGACCGUGCUGGCCAACGCAAAAGCCCUGGCAGAGCGAUUGGGCAAUCCUCUCAACAACAGUGGCUUGGGAUACAACAUUGUGUCGGGAGGAACCGACAACCACCUGGUCCUGGUAGACCUGAAGAACCGCGGUGUCGAUGGUGCCCGCGUGGAGCGCGUGCUGGAACUCUGCGGGGUUGCCAGCAACAAGAACACCGUUCCCGGUGACAAGUCUGCCCUGAAGCCUGGUGGCCUGCGUUUGGGCUCUCCAGCCAUGACCACGCGCGGUUUCCAACCGGAAGAUUUCCGCCGCGUGGCUGACAUCGUCGACCGAGCGGUCAUCAUCACGCAAAAGUUAGACAAGGCGGCCAAGGAGAGCGCGACGGCCAAGGGGGUUAAGAGCCCGAAUACCGUCAAGGCGUUCCUCGAAUACGUGAAGGACGGUGAGGAGAUCCCCGAGAUUGUGCUUCUGAGACAGGAGGUUGAGGACUGGGUAGGAACUUUUAGCCUCCCCUGGGCGCAGGACGAGUAG